AGAGUGUAUUAUUUGUCCUUGGAAUAUUAUAUGGGAAGAUCAUUACAAAAUACAAUGAUCAAUUUAGGAAUACAAGGAGCAUGCGACGAAGCUAUGUAUCAGAUGGGUCUGGAUAUUGAAGAAUUGGAAGAACUCGAAGAAGACGCCGGACUUGGUAACGGAGGAUUAGGCCGUUUAGCUGCCUGCUUUUUGGAUAGUAUGGCCACAUUAGGUUUAGCUGCUUAUGGAUACGGUAUACGUUACGAAUAUGGUAUAUUCGCACAGAAAAUAAAAAAUGGUGAGCAAAUAGAGGAGCCCGACGAUUGGCUCAGAUAUGGCAAUCCUUGGGAAAAAGCUCGGCCAGAAUUUAUGUUGCCGGUGAACUUUUAUGGCCAUGUGAUUGACACUUCGGAGGGCAAAAAAUGGGUGAAUACGCAGGUUAUUUUUGCCAUGCCCUAUGAUAGUCCAAUUCCUGGCUACAAAAAUAAUGUUGUUAAUACUUUAAGGCUGUGGUCCGCAAAGUCGCCUAUAGAAUUUAAUUUGAAGUUCUUUAACGACGGUGACUAUAUACAGGCUGUGAUUGAUCGUAAUCUGGCGGAGAAUAUCUCCAGAGUUCUUUAUCCAAACGACAACUUCUUCGAAGGCAAAGAGCUCAGAUUGAAGCAGGAAUACUUUAUGGUAGCUGCUACUCUGCAAGACAUCAUCCGAAGAUAUAAGUCUAGCAAAUUUGGUUCAAGGGAGCAUCAUAGGACUGAUUUCAAAGCUUUCCCUGAUAAAGUAGCUGUUCAACUCAACGAUACGCAUCCCUCUCUAGCUAUUCCUGAGCUGAUGAGAAUUCUUCUUGAUGUUGAAAAACUCUCUUGGGAAGAGGCUUGGGACAUUACGACACGUACGUGCGCCUACACAAACCACACGGUUCUUCCCGAAGCAUUAGAAAGAUGGCCCACCUCUAUGCUGGAGAGUAUUCUUCCGAGGCAUUUACAGAUUAUUUAUGAGAUAAAUCAUUUGCAUCUUCAAAAAGUUGCAGCCAAAUGGCCUGGCGAUAUGGACCGCAUUCGUCGAAUGUCUUUGGUAGAAGAGGAAGGUGAGAAGAGAGUCAACAUGGCUCAUCUGUCGAUCGUUGGUAGUCAUGCCAUAAACGGAGUUGCUCGCCUUCAUUCAGAAAUUCUCAAAGAUAGUGUCUUCCGAGACUUCUACGAACUGACACCGGAGAAAUUUCAGAACAAGACGAACGGUAUCACUCCGAGAAGAUGGCUGCUACUUUGCAAUCCAAAUCUGUCCGAUAUAAUCGAAGAAAAAAUUGGUAGCGAAUGGACAGUUCAUUUGGAACAAUUAGAGCAAUUGAAGAAGUGGGCGAAGGAUCCGGUAUUCCAACGUAACAUUGUUAAAGUUAAACAGGAAAACAAAUUACGUUUAGCCCAAAUAUUAGAGAAAGAAUAUGGUGUUCGAGUUAAUCCAGCAUCUAUUUUUGAUAUUCAGGUAAAGCGUAUACACGAAUACAAACGUCAAUUAUUGAAUUGUUUACAUGUCAUCACUUUAUACAAUCGAAUAAAAAGAGAUCCAUCUGCUCCUUUUGUUCCGAGAACUGUGAUGAUAGGUGGUAAAGCAGCGCCGGGUUAUCAUUUGGCGAAGAAGAUUAUUAAGCUUAUCUGCAGUGUUGCUAAUGUUGUCAAUAAUGAUCCAAUCGUUGGUGAUAAACUCAAGUUAAUCUUUCUUGAAAAUUAUCGUGUGACUUUAGCUGAAAAGAUCAUACCAGCGGCAGAUCUAAGCGAGCAAAUUUCGACCGCUGGCACCGAAGCGUCUGGUACUGGCAACAUGAAGUUUAUGUUGAACGGCUCAUUGACCAUUGGUACCUUGGAUGGAGCAAAUGUAGAAAUGGCGGAGGAAAUGGGUAAUGAGAACAUCUUCAUUUUUGGUAUGACAGUAGAGGAAGUGGAGGCUCUAAAAAGAAGAGGCUAUAAUGCAUACGAUUAUUAUAACAAACUACCGGAAGCUAAACAAUGUAUUGAUCAAAUCCAAGGAGGAUUCUUCAGUCCAAAUAACCUCAAUGAAUUCCAAGAUAUUGCUGAUGUAUUGCUUAAAUGGGAUAGAUUUCUACUUUUGGCCGAUUACGAGAGCUAUGUAAACUUACAGGAUCAUGUUAGCAAAGUCUAUCAGGUACUUAAUCGAUUGUAAUUAACUUUUGUAUAAUUUUUAUAUUUAGAAA